AGAAGUAAAAAGAAGGAGAAGAAGAAGGAGAAGAAGAAGAAGAAGCAGCAGCAGCAGCACUAUGUAGAACCUUAGACUUUUUGUGUUUGCUAAUCAGCAGACUUCGGUCAUUAUUUUGUCCUUUAGUCCGGUUUAAGUUGUAACAUGAAGGCUAGACAAGUGCUGUGACCCAUACGCAGAUUUUAGAAGGACGACUAAACGCUGAUGCAGAAGGUGGAGCUGGAUCCUUAGCAGAAUGAAUAUCGGCUCUAAAAAUAAGAAGCGGGUUGUGCUGCCCAGCCGUCCUAACCCCCCCACUGUGGACCAGAUCCUGGAGGACAUCAGCCGAGCUGCUCCCAGCGAUCCAGUCUUCAGCAUCCUGGAGCAGACUGGACAAAGGUCAUCUCAGCCUUCAGACAGUGAUGUGGACUUGAGGUUCCAGCAGUGUCGUCGGUAUCUGGAGCUGAGUGAGCGGCUGCAGGAGGCUCGAGACCAACUGCUGCGACAGAGGGAGGAGCUGAGGGUGGCGGGGGAGCAGCUGGACAGAGAUGUGGCAGAGGUCAAAGGUCAACCACUCUGACUCUACACUACCUGGGGUACAUCCCAAGUCUCUUAGAUGAUUGUUUCUUGAUCCUUGCUUGACCUGGAACUUGUUCCGGUUGAGCGCAGAUCCAGGACAUCCCAAGACUCUUACGUCUGCUCUGAGGAGCACAGAGGCUGCUGGAGGAGCCGUGAGCCAGGAUACCUGAAUGCGUCCUUCAUGGAAGUCUUCUAUGGACCGACACACUCCUUUGUCAGAAAUCACUUGGUGAUUGGACGCUUCAGAGGAAGGGACGUCUGAUGUCUCUUGGAAUGAGUGUCCUGAGUCCUCUCUUCUUGUAUCUUUUCCUUACAUCUUGCGUAGGUGGGGCUAAAACACAAUGAAAAGACACAAGUGAGGGAAACGUGGAUGCAUAUAAAAGACUUGAGAUGUGCCCCUGCUGUCACAGACUGUCCUCUUCUUCUCUGUCUGGGAUUUUAAUUGUUUGGCUUUGGUCUGUUAUCAGUACACAAACUUGGCACGUUACUAUACGUCAUCAAUAUAACAUAUCACGUACCUAUUGCAAGUUGUUGAUAAAAAUGCCAACUAUUUAGUUAGCUUACAUAUCAAAGAAAAUACAAAUUACCAGAGUGUUUAGUGGUGAUUAUUUUUUCCAGUAGUAGAAGUACUCAGUUUACUU